UAGUUAAGACAUUAACGACUUAGUAGUCAAGACUCUUGUUGCAUGUAUACAUGUUCAUUUCAUCUUUUAUCCUAUGUGACUUUUAAAGACAUCAAUACUAAACUAACAUAUGUGAUUAUUCCAUUACUCAUUCUUAAAUUAUUUUCCUUGUUUCAUGGCGGUGCUUCAUAGAUCUUGCACUUGAGGGCUACCAGUACACUCACCCAUGUUAGAUAUCAACAACCUAUAUAAACUCUCCUUGUUUUUUUUCCCUUUUCUAUAUCCUUCCUUGAACUUCAUCACAAACAGGCAACAAAGCUAUGGGAAUUAGUAUUGUUUCAGCUAUGGGAGUUUGUUUAGGUGGCCAAGUCAAAGCUGAAGGCCCAAAGAAUUCAGUUUCAGGGUUAAGUUCAAAGAGUGUGAUAGUCAAUACAGAAGAUCAUAAUAUCCUAUGUUACAAGGGUUCUGAUGAUCUCAUUAGCUCAAGUAGUGAGGUAUCAGCAACUUCGGUGCCACGGACACUCCCAUGUGAGGGGGAGAUCUUGCAAUCAUCCAAUUUGAAGAGUUUUACUUUGACAGAACUUCAGGCUGCAACUAGAAAUUUUCGUGUAGACAUUGUGUUAGGAGAUGGCGAUUUUGGAUCAGUUUUUAAGGGCCGGAUUGAUGAACACUCACUUUCUGCUGCCAAACCUGGCACAGGCAUUGCCGUUGCUGUCAAAAGACUUAAUCAAGAUGGUGUCAAAAGCCACAUUGAGUUGAUGGCUGAAGUCAAUUAUCUGGGCCAGCUUACACAUCCUCAUCUAGUGAAAUUGAUUGGUUAUUGUCUUGAAGAUGAAAAUAGCCUUUUGGUCUAUGAAUUUAUGCCACGUGGCAGCUUGGAGAAUCACUUGUUCAUGAGAGGCUCAUAUUUUCAACCUCUUUCUUGGAGCCUACGUUUGAAGGUUGCUCUUGGUGCUGCCAAAUGUCUUGCAUUCCUUCACAGUGCCGAAACAAAAUCGAUUUACCAAAAUUUGAAGACUUCAAAUAUCUUGCUGGAUUCGAAUUAUAAUGCGAAACUCUUUAAUUUUGGGCUGGCAAAGGAUGGGUCCACAGGUGAUCGAAGCCGUGUCUACACCGGGCAAAUCUACGGAUAUGCAGCUCCAGAAUACCUGGCCACCGGUAAUCACACUUCUAAGAGUGAUGUCUAUAGUUUCGGAGUUGUCAUGUUGGAAAUACUAUCAGGUAGGAGAAUUGUUGACAAGAAUAGGCCACUAAGACAACAUAAUUUGGUGGAAUGGGCUAAGCCUUGUCUAUCCAACAAGCGUAAGAUUUUGCACGUGUUUGAUAAUCGCCUUGAAGGCCAAUAUGAAAUAGAAGACGCCUAUAAGGUUGCUAUACUUUCCCUACGGUGCCUUUCAAUAGAAGCCAAGUUGAGACCAAACAUGGAUGAGGUUGUUACAAAUUUGGAGCAGUUGCAAAUUCCUCAAGUAAACGGAUGCAACCAUAAUCAUUUGCGUAGAAGAAGUGCUGAUGAUGUUACCCAUGUUAGAACAGUCACAGUAAAUCCACAACGUUCUGCUUCUGUGUUCUGUACAUGACAUUGCUCAUUGCAAAUACAAUGUAAUGAGCAAUGUCCCCACAUGAGGUGCUUUCAUGCCAUAAACAUUUGUGUUACUGAGAAUAUUGUAUAUCUUACUAUAGCUAAUCUUUGAGAAAUAAUUGGAUUAUUUGGUGUUUGUAACAGCCAAAUAACUUGCUUUUAUUGGUUU